AUGAGAAGAUUUUUGGUUGCUAGAAAAAAUAUUGAGAAUAUGAAUAUUGUGCAACCAGAAGCCGAAUUAGAACCACUGUCUAAUGGGGUUAAUGAUUUUAAUCCAAAUGAGAUUCUGUGUGAUCCAGUUGAUGAUGUCAAAGCUCGGUUGGCCACAACGAGAGAGAGUGGUUGGGAUAAUUUAUUUUCCGAUGUCCAAAAUUUUUGUGUUGCUAAAGGUAUUCCGUGGCAAGGGAGGACUAUCACUGAUCUUCAUCAUUACCGUGCAGAGAUUUCUUAUGUUGUUAUUGACAAAAUAUGUGUGGAGAUUGAUCAUCACUUUAGUGAAGGAAUUAACAUUAUCCUUAAUUACUUCUCAUGUAUUGACUCCAGGAACUCUUUCUCCAAGUUUAAUAUUGAUAAGCUUGCUCGUCUUGCUGAUAUUUAUCAUGCAGACUUUUCUAGUGAUGACCGAGGAACAAUAAGGGAUCAACUUGACACUUAUGUUCUUUAA